AGCCUCGCGCACUCGAGCAGCAGCAGCGGGAGGAGGAGGGACGAGUUGUUGGAGCAGCGGCGGCAGUUCAUUACGCGUCUGCUGGAGACACUGUAGCCCGCUCACCUGUGCGCGCACACCGCCACUGGAACGAACAGGAACCCGCUGGAGUGUCUCUGCGUUUCACCCCGCGCUGGAGACGCCGUGACCGUUUUUUUUAGGGGGGGAGGAGGAAACUCGACUCUUUGGAAAACGCGCCUCGCUCUGUCGGACCUCGGGGUUUUGUUUGUUUGUCCCACACGAAGCGGCCCAAGUUUUACCACGAAAGGAGCCGAGGAGAUUUAGAAACCAAAAGUGACUUGUACGAGCGCGUUUUGGGAAGAGGACAGCGCGGGAGCCAUGGAGGGACACGUUCGUCGCUUUGGGUUCGGAUGUGGGAGAGUGAACGCGCUGCUGUGGCUCGCUGUCUUCGCCUUUGCGCACGGAGCCUCGGGGCAGAAGGUGAAGGUGGAGCCGGAGGUUCUGUCUUACCCGGGACAGACGGUCAACCUGCGAUGUGCUUUUACCGACGCCACUGGGGUCCAGCUCACCAUGGUGACAUGGAUUUACGAGCCCAAGGACGGAGAGAGGAUCAACAUCGCCGUCUUUCACCCGAACUUUGACCCAAAUUACCCAGAUUCCCCCAUGAAAGGCCGGGUCAGCUUCGCCCCCACCCCUCCGGACCUGUCCAGCCCCUCCAUCCAGAUCCAGGACGUGCGCAUGUCCGACGAGGGGAAGUACAUCUGCGAAUACGCCACAUACCCCAGCGGAAACGAGCAGGGCAUCACGUACCUGGUCAUGCUCGCUAAACCGCAGAACGCCGCCUCCAUCGUGACCGUAGAAGCCGGCGCCAAACCCGUCGUGGUCGCCCGCUGCGAGUCCCUGAACGGGCGUCCGGAGGCGAAGAUCCGCUGGGUGACCACGGCGAAGGGCAACGCCACGUCCGUGUCCAAACCCGGCGCCGAUAACACCGUGUCCAUCACCAGCGAAUACAAACUGGUCCCGACGGCGGCGGACAACGGGAAAGACAUCAGCUGCAUCGUGGAACAUCGCACCCAGACCAAACCGGAGAGUUUCCUCAUGAAACUGGCCGUUUUAUAUCCUCCUGAAGUUUCCAUCACCGGCUACGACAACAACUGGUACGUGGGUCGCACCAACGUGGUCCUGAUCUGCCACGCCACAGGGAACCCGAUGCCGCUGACGGUGAAGUGGACAACGAUGUCUGGGGAGAUGCCGGUGGGCACAGUGGACAUCCAAAAACAUCAACUGAAGGUCCUUAAAGUGGACGAAUCCGUGAACACCACUUUUGUUUGCGAGGUCGAGAAUCGCAUCGGCUUCGGGAAGGACCAGGUGACCGUGUUCGUGAGAGAACCCACCGUGGACCCUUCCAACGCAGGCGUGGUGGCGGGCGCCGUGAUCGGGUCCCUGCUCGCGCUCCUACUGGUCGCUGCCCUGGUCGGCGUGCUCGUCACCCGUAGCCGCCGGCAGCAGCAGGGUUACCGCGCCAACGGGGGCAGCGACAUGAAGACGCGCAUAUUCGGGGGCGGGAAGAAGACCAGCAAAAACGGCACCAACGGGGGAGCGGGGACCGGCGGGGUGGGCGGCGCCAACAACAACGGGCCGAUGUACGUCUACAACGAAAGCUCCGCCCACCAAGGCCUCGGCGAGAAGAACAACCACCACCAGCCUCUCACCAUCGGGGGGCGCCCUGAAGGGGUCAACGCCACCACCCCCACGGCUCAAGACAUCCUGCUCAGCAACGAACUGGACGACGCCGAGAGGAGGAAGUUCGACGAGUUGGAGGAAGACGAGCGGUACGACCAUUUCGGAGGAGGGGCCCCGAUCCUGCAGCUCCGCCCGCACGACCCGGACCACAUUAUCGGAGAUUAUCUCGACGACGAUAUGGAGUCGCAGCGGGAUGGUUCGGUCAUUUCACGGACUGCGGUUUACGUAUAAAUCGAGCGCGUGCGGCGGAGAGGAGAGGAUUUACAACUCCCAUCGGAAAGAAGAAAAUGUAUUCACUUUUAUUUUUUGAAAUUGAGUUGAAAUAGUCUAUUGUUAUUAAUCACCACAGCCUGAUUAUGGACUGAAAGAACCGGAGCGUGGCGGGAUGUUUUAUCGUUGGAUCUUGGCUCAAAUCUUAUCCCUUAAAAAAAAAAAAAAAACUCUUACCGAACAGAGAUGUACUUGUCGCCCUUCGCUGUUUCCGCUCCCGUCGUUGCAAAGGCGUCGGGGGCUUUCUCACGGACUUGACUGGCAGAGUAAAAGAGGAGCCGUACUGCGGGAGGUGAAGGCUCGUGUCAGCGUUCUGCAUCUGCGCAUAAACAAUGGGGAUAUUUGUGUUGUCGGUGGGAGCGCAGUCCUCCAACGGGAAGCCUUUUCUUUGUAGGGAACUGAUGGAUGCUUUGGAAAUGGGAAAAAACAAAAAAACAAAAAAAAAAGCGACUUCAACGUCACCUAAUUCGAAAUGAGGACACCGAAUUUCAACACGUCUUCACUUAAAAGUACACGUUCAGGUCGCGGCGUCUCGAGUUUUAAGAGACGCAGUUUGUUAGCUGUCAGCGAGCGCGCGGAACGACACGGAAACUGGGUUGACAAUCGCGGCGUAGAUUGAGCGGAUUUAGGGGAGCGCCUCGGAAAACUUUGGUUGCUGUUUUACGAUCUGACAGAAAUGAGGUACGGCAGACAUCACAGGGUCACGGGACGAGCCGAGCGAGGAAGCUAGGAGGUAGGAGUUAGGAGUUAGGAGCUAGGGCUUGAGGAAUGAUAGUACUUUAGCAAAAACGAAACAAAAAAAAAACGGGCAUAGUAGGAGCUUUGGUGGAGGGAUGUUUUCUGAUCAGAUGCAGAUGAGGCCUGGCAGACAUCACGGGGUCACGGGGAUGAGUCAAGCGAGAGAGCUAGGAGCUAGGAGCUAGGAAAGGAUGUAGUCUAUCCUGCUCAUCGCUCCACAGUCAAUAUUUACACUUUAAGAACACACUUCUGCUGCUAUUCAAACUGUAAAAAUAACAACUUAGCUUUGGCGGAGGGAAUCAUGAGAAGGACCUGGCAGACAUCGCCGGGUCACGGGAUGAGCCGAGUGAGGAAGCUAGGAGGCAGGAGUUAGGAGCGAGGAAAGGAUGUAGCAUAUAUCCUCGGUUUUAAAAUAUCCGCACUUAAAGAACACGCUUUGGCUUCUAUUCCACCUGCAGCAAAGUUAUUACGCUGUUUUUUCACAGAGACGUUUUACGAUCAAAUGCAAAUGAGGCGUGUCGGACUUCACAGGUUCACAGGAUGAACCGACGGAGGGAGGUAGGACGUAGGAGCUAGGAAAGGAUGUAACUUACCCUCUUCUUCAGCUUCAUCAAUAUCCACACUUUAAGAACCCGCUUUAAGUUUCUCAAAAAUUAAAAAAACUGGCAAAAUAACUUCAUGUGCAAAUUAGGUUUGGCUGACAUCACAGGGUCAGAAGAGGAAGCUAGGAGGUAGGAGCUAGGAAAGGAUGUAACUUAUCCUCCUCUUCAGCUCAUGGGUCUACAAUCAAUAUCUGCACUUUAAGAACCCGCUUUCAGUUUCACAAGAAUAAAAAUAAUGGUGUAAUAACUUCAUAUGCAAAUGAGGUUUGGGCGACAUCACGGGGUCGUAAAGGAAGCUAGGAGGCAGGAGCUAGGAAGUAGGAGUUAGGAAAGGAUGUGGCGUGUCCUCUUCUGCUCGUAGGUCUACAAUAAAUAUCCAAACUUUAAGAACCUACCUACAAAAAUAAAAAAAGGCAUAAUAACUUCAUAUGCAAAUGAGGUUUGGCUGACGUCACAGGGUCAAAAGAGGACGCUAGGAGGUAGGAGCUAGGAGUUACGCGCUAGGAAAGGAUGCAACUUAUUUAGGAGAGACGAGCUAGGAGGUAAAAGCUUAGGAGGAAGGAGCUAGGAAAGGAUGCGGCGUGUCCUCGUCCGCACACACCUCUACAGUCAAUAUCCGCACUUUAAAUCUACCAUCUCUAAUCACCUCUGUUGUAUUCUCACGCGUCGCCACUAGGGGCUGUCUACGUUACUGCUGUCCGACCGUUUCCACAUCUGCAACUAGUUUAAAAAAAAAAAAAAUCACGGCCGCUUUAAGAACACACAUAAAACAGCAGAAUAACUUUGCCGCAGAGGAGUUUUACGAUCAAACGCAAAUGAGGCGCGGCGGACUUCGCAGGGUCACGGGAUGAACCGACGGAGGAAGCUAGCAGGUAGGAGUUAGGAGCUAGGAAAGGAUACAUACUGUCUCCUACUCGCGGCUGUCUAUUCAGAGCGGCGCUGACAGGAGGAGCCUGAUUGGUAAUGAGCCGUGAAGUCGCUCUCUUAGCCCGCGCCAACAGAUUGCCACCACUUAUCGUUUAUGACGCGGUUUUUCCCUCCAUCAUAUCUCCCUCGCUCCCUCCGUCGCGUUCUCUCUCUCUCUCUCCCCAUCCCUCUCUCCCUCUGGUAAUUCCUCGCUCUUCGCCAUCGUUUAUGUGCGGGUUAUGAUUUAUCCAGACCAGUGCCGGGGUCAUGGCUGCGGAGGGCGAGCGAGUAUUUUACCGCCCUCCUCGAGUGUCAAAAACCCCACUUACUCUAUCGCCCGUCCACCUGCAGCUCGCCGCCCGCCUCACGGUCAGCCCCGCCGCGUGAAAAAUGCCUCCUCUUCCUCCUUCUCCUCCUCCUGACGGCCCCGUUGUAACGCGUCGGCGCCCCACCUUGACCGCACAUGAGCGAGAUAGAUUUUCAAUGACCGCUCGUUACGUUUCUUUCCAUUAGCGGAUGUUAUUAAAGGCGGUAAAUUGAUCCUGGAGACGGGUAAAGUUGCCGCCAUGUUGGAAGCGAUGGGAGUCGUAUUGACUAACAGACGAGCUUAGGCCCUUUACGGCGAAGCUUUAGGCGUGAUUGUCUCCUGACUGUUAAUUUAUCCAGCUAACGAGUCACCGGAGAGCCACUCUACUACACGAGGAGUACCCCUCCGUGGCUCCUAUAUUGUAUUAGCUGACUUUUAUAUAUGAUGUAGAUUACGACGAAACCACCGAGGAGAAAACGGGGCCGUCCCAGAUGCAUUAGAGGAAGAAUAACGAACAAAAAGACAUUUCCUGACGUUUACCUAAAUCCACCUUUCAACCCAUUGGAAUGAGGUCAAAGGAAAUCAAAGUGGCGUCGUUUAAAAAUGGGAAAUAUUGAUCCGUUUUACAUCCGUCGAGUGGAGAUCUGUGAGAAAAAAUGUUUAAAAAGUACAAAAAUACAAGAAGUAGCGGUGAUUUAUUCAGGUUCAAAUAACAAUACAAUCUUAAUAUAUGCAAUUUCCCCAUUAUUUGCAGUUUUACUUUAUGUAUUUCUGUAUUUUUCAGGGGUUCUUUUUGUCCUUUUGUGUUAACGAUUGAAAUAAACAGUUACAUCAGUGUGAUCCACCCACAAAAUUCCAUCCGAAAUGCUGGGAAAAUUUACACUUAUAUGGGAUUUGUCUGCCAGUUUAAUCCUCCAUUUAACAAAAUAAAGUUAAUUGCAUUUAUUUGUAUUAGUCUAAUGUAUUUUAGAAGUUUUAGCAUCAUAUUUGCUCCGUAAAAAUUAUGAAAUUACCUCUGCAUAUCUCAUUUCUGUCUGCCUCCAACCCAGGAAGUAAAAUCAUCAAGUUUACCAAAACAGGAAGCUUUUAUAAUCCUGUUACCUCUUCAAAAACAAACCUCCAAAGCUCAGAAUAGUUAAUUUUACUGAACUGAAAAGAUCCAAAUGAUUCUAGAAAUGAAAGCGAAUGGAGUUUAAAAACACAGCGGGGCACUUCCUGUAUCACCACGUGACAUCACAAGGUGGAACAGAGCGUUUUCAAUUUGAGAGACGUGCGUGAAUGAAACAAAACGCAACUCCAGGUCUGUUUGUGACGAGGAAAUGACGUUAAAACGGAUCAGAAAACAGCGUAACGUGGGCUUUUUUAACUCUAAUUACGUUAACCGUGUUUUAGCAUCACGACUAAUCCAACCCGACGCGUGCACUUUAAAAGUUCAAAGUUGAGAAAAGGUCAGAACUUGAAUCCCGCGCUAAGUGCACCAGUACAUUUCCAGCCUUAUGUUUGACGUGAUGCGAGUCGAUCGGGGCCUAUAUCGUUGUAUUUUUCCCGUCGCGAGGACUGCGGACCUACAGAAACGAGCAGAUGCAGACGACCGGAGGGAGACGGGAUUAAACGCGGCGUGUUGUAAGCCGGUGUUUUUAAAGGGAUUGUCGUUUUAAUGGCCUUAGCUUGUACUCAAUGUAACUCCUGGGGAUGUGGGGUCAAAAAAUUGCAUUCUGGACAUACACAGAAGAGCUCACAAAUGUAUUAUUUUUGCACUUGUGUGAGUCACGGUUGCAAAUCUGAAACUGCCGAACGAGACAAGUGUCGUGUGUACAUUUUGGUGUGAGGUAUCUGUGUACUAUAUAUAUGUAAGCAUCUUUAUUUUUCUUGUGGAAAUGUGGAUAUUUAUGACCAGUGUAAAUAUCAAAAACGGGGCCGGUGAAACUUACGGACUUGUGUGAACUGAACUGUCUUGAGAAUGUAAUCUGAUCCUUUAUUUCUUUAGUUGGUUUGAUACUGACCUUAUGCGUAAGAGUCAGUGUUAUGUUAAAAAAUGUAAAAUUAGAAUUGUUUUGGUUUUCGCAAAAAGCACACGUUGCGUUCCUCGCCUUGCCCUUUCAUACCUGUACGACUCAUAGUUCAGAUAUCAGACCGUAAAUACAAAAAAAGCAAAAGGUUGGGCUUUAUGACGGAGAAAAAAACCCCAAAAACUAACGUGAUUGGAUCCUUUUGAGCACGUGACAUUUUGGUGUUAGCAUAAUUUACUUUAUCCAGGGGUGUAGCGUCAAAUUCUGGAUCCUGGGUACAAAAUGAUCUUAGUGGGCCCUGCUCUAAUGAAAAAUGCACAUUAGAAACUUUGUUAGGGCCCCCCUCUCUGCGCUGGGCCCCGGCUAAACUGCACACUUUACCCCCCUCAAUCCGAAACCCCUGCUUUUUUUUAGUUUGACCAAUCGGAGUCAUCGAGCUUAAGAUCCAGGCUCCAAGAAAACCAUGAUUUUGUUUAGUUUUUGUGUUUUGUUUUUCCCCAGUAGAGACUUUGUGAGGGGCCCCCUUCCUGCACUGGCCCCGGGUAAACUGCCCCCUCUACCCCCACAGUCUGACACCCCUGCUUUUUUUGUUUUUGUUUUGACUAAUCAGAGUGAAGCGUCAACUUUUAAAGCGAUAUAAAAAAAUAAACAAAAUCAUCGUAAGUUGUAAAUUUAUUUUUUAUUUUUGCCCUUUAGAGACUUUGUGAGGGGCCCCCUUCCUGCACUGGGCCCUGGGUAAACUGCCCCCUCUACCCCCCGCAGUCCGACGCCCCUGCUUUUACCCAACUCCUCCUCUGAUUGGUCAGAUUCCGUCCUGCUCUGAGUGAGUGACAGGUCGGUUUGACCAAUCAGAGCGAGUGAAGCGUCAAAAAGCAAUUUAAAGUUAGAAGUUGUGCGUUUAUCGUGAUCUGAUAUCGAACUGAAAUAUGACCCAAGCUCUAAGAAAACCAUGAUUUAGUUUAGUUUUUUUCCUUUUUUUCUCCAUCAUAUCGCCCGUUUUUACCACAUCCACGUGUUUCUGACUUAAAGUGGGACUAAAACGCUCAACUUCUGCCAUGAAAACAAUCAAAACAGCUGCUAAACCGGGACGUACCUGGACGAUUAACGACCAGAGAGGACUGGAAAUGUGAGGAAGAAGCGUGAUUGGUCUGACAGGCAUUCACGCUUUAAACCCCACCCCCCCAGGUGUUUUCAGACAGAAACACCUGGCUUAAAUCAGUGCAGUCCUGUGCGAUGUCACGUCGUACUUGACUCACACUUAGUUCUUGUGGUUUUUCCCUGAAAUCCAUCUUUUUUUCCAAUCAAAUCGCUUUAAAAAAAUGCCCAGGGACCUCAGAUGACGCUAUUAAAACACCAUACUCAGUUUAGCAGCAAAAAAAAGUUUAUUUCGUGUUUGGUUCCACUUUAACUUGUGAUUUCGAGACUCCUCUCACUGCCAUUCAGGGUCGCAGCCUCCAAAUAAACCGACCAGUUUGUUCGUGAUCAGAAAGUGUUGAAGCAGUUGGACUUUCUUAGCGUAUUUUCCAAAGACACAAAGUGCACACUGCAGCAUAUAUACAGGAGAAUGCAGAGAUGUGUGUGUUUUUUUUUUCGUUUUUUUUUUUUCCUCCCUCUCCCACGCGCUUCACUCUCUCAUUAUGCUCACUCCCACAGCCAAACUGCGCACAAGACACCUCACACCUGACAACUUUGCCAUCUUCUGACAUAAACCCACACAGUUGCAUCGGCGCGGCACGUGGCCAAACACGAACUCUACCAACGUGUUAUUUAACCAUUUUGGUCAAUACCGAAAUGAUGUAACACGGCGUUUUUAUUUUUUCAUAAACAAAAAUCAAACCACACAGACUCGGGCUGUUCAGAGUCCGUGUUGUUGUCGUUUUUUUUUUUAAAAGAUCUUCAACCGUUUAUCCCUUCGACGCGGGGAACAUCGCUUUCAUGAAAAUGCCACAGCGCUGACCUCCUCCCACCCUCGGGUCGGCGUUAAAAGCUUUUAGCGACUUGCAACUUCCUACUCGCUUCCCGAAAAAAAUGCAGUUUUUGACUUUGCUACCCCUCGUUUUUUCUCGCUCUCGCUCCGAACGACGACUCCUCCACGAGACGCAGAUGCCGUCGCAGAUACACAAUCCUCCCCCUUCAAAACACACAACACAAACGGCUUUUAUAGCAAUUCACGGGAUAAAAGUAGCGGGUCCAGCACAAGGUUAACCAAACAAUAUCUUGAUGUUUUCGUUUUAUUUUUCUCCUUCUAAGUCUGUCACACAAUGGCCCCGAAUGCAACCCCAAUUUAUGAGAAGUUAAGACACUUUUAAAACGGAACGCCAAGAUUUUCAAACCCGGACGAGCCAAAAUGAAAUUGUCAGUUGGAAGGCGACGACGAGUCUUAAAAAUGUCAGGAUUAAAAAGCACGGAUUUGCAGGAUUUUUAAUUAAAUUUGCUAAUUUUUGGGAUGGUUUUUGUCAAGGCAAUUCAUCCACAGGCACAGGCACGUUCUCCUGAUCGUGAAACUCGCUCGUGAUCCGGACGUGGCGUCGCGUCGCCGUUGCUAACUGGUUGUGCUAGCUGCGUUAAAGGAUGGUCAAAUGCAUAGACUGUAUAUAGAAAUGGACAUAGCUAACGCGCUAGCCAACAGGAAGUGAUCAUUUUGGUCUUAAAUGUUCGUAUUAACCCUCUACAUGAUCCUGGGGUUUUUAUUUCACUAUUGUGUCUGUAAAUCAAGAUAUGAACAUUAAUUACAGACAAAUCAGCCGCCGUGUUUUCCUUAGGUUCUUCCCGCUAGCGUUAGCAACAGUAGGAAUUCCAAAUAUGAAACUCUGCUCCACAUUAGCCGCUAUAACUGCUAGCGUCGAUGAGCUUCAUUCGACUGGAGCUGAACGCUGCGGGAGAAACAAACAUUUAUUAAAUUUCUGGUGUUUUCAUUGCUAAAAAUUGCUUUGAGACACAUGUAUUCUCACUGUGAGUGACUCUCCACAGAUCUCACCUGUAACUUGGCCUCUAAAUCAAGAUAUGAACACGAAAAACAAACAAUCAAGCGCGUUUUUUUUUUUGUCGCUCCUGUUUAAUUGACAGCGCUGCUAAUCCGGGGCGUUACCUUCAACUGCCUCCUUCCUGAUUGGCUCUUUGGUUGCUAGGAUACUCCGCUCCAAAUUAGCCGCUAUAACCGCUAGCCUCGAUUAGCUUCAUUUCACUGGAGCCAAACUUAGUCCACUUCUUUACACAGUCUGUGGUCAAAUUUCGAGGGUGAUUUUCCCGCAGGACGAAUAAUAUCUGAUUAAUUAGCCGUCCAUAAUGCAGUAUUUACUCGCCUUUCAUCCAAAACGACGUCAUCGAGCUCUUUGUCGUCUGUCCUACUUUCGGGGAGACGCUUCGCCGCCGCCGUCACUUUCAAACCGAUUUGUCAUAAAAGAUUAAUAUCGCCUUCAACACCUAAAACGAUUUAUAAACCAAUGUGUUCCGUCUCCAUUUACAUUUAAAAAGCGCUCGAACUUUUCAUAAAUUGCGGUAGAAAUAAUCAAAGCCUUAACAUCUCACUGCGUUCAAAGACGACCCCUUUCCUGUGUACAUAGUAUAAAUAUAUAAAUAUGUAGCCAAGAAAAGACUUACUAAUUUAUGGCGUCACGUUUGUGUAUUUCUCAGUGACAGCGAAAAACAGCAUGACGGAUUUCUUUUUGUUUUGUUUUGUUGUUUUUCUUCUUCUUCUGUUAUUUCUGCAGUGCUUUAUCAUUUCUGUUCGAGUGCCGCGAUGUGACUGAUGCCAAGAUUUUUUUUUUUUUUUGGUAACACUUCAGUUUAGAGCCAACACAAAAACCGCAAACUAAGUGGCAGUCGGUAUGCUAGUUAUCCGUUAGCAUUUAGAACAUAGACUGGAUUUAUAAGUGGACGUAGCUAACCCGCUAGCCGCCACGUUCCAAACAGGAAGUGAACGUGGGCGUGCUAUCGACUCCAUUGGAUCCAAUUCACUUUCUAUUGAAAAACUCGCUCUUCUCUCUGUACCUGCUGCGCUCGGACUCGCCGUUUUGGUCUUAAAUGUUCGUAUUAACCCGCUCUACGUGAUCUUAGCGUUGUACUUUCGCUUUUUUGUCCGUAAAUCAAGAUAAAAAACAUUAAUAACAGACAAAUCAGUCGCCUUUUUUUCCCCCUGAGAUCGCUCCCGUUAGCAUUAGCAACACAUUUAAUUGACAAGUGUUGCUAGCGUCCGCUCUCUGCUAAACUAGCGGUGCGGGAAGAGGCGUUACCUUCAACAACCUUGCUCCUGAUUGGCUCUUUGGUUGCUAUGAUACUCACAAACCUCCAAAAUUCGCCGCUAUAACUGCUAGCGUCGAUUAGCUUCAUUUGACUGGAGCUAAUCGCUGUUGGUCACGUCCACUUCUUUACACAGUCUAUGAUUUAAAAAGCGUAAUAAAGCUGCACUGUGGAACAUUUCUGGUGAUAUCACUUUGCCUGGAAUGUUCCACAGUAUAGCAUUAAACCGAUCCAUCUUUCACGUGUUGAUUCCAGGUAUUUUUAUCGCUAAAAAUGCCUCGGAAAAAACCUGCGUUCUCACUGUGAAGCGGGGUCACCUUUCCUUUCCGCAGAUCUGACCUGUAAAUUGGCCCGGUGGCGUUCGCUGCUUGUUUCCAUGGAAAUGAUGAACGUUAAAUGUAAAGUUGUUGGCAAAGGCGAGCGCGCAGCAAAGUGCAAAUGUAAGGGCACGGUUAUGCAACACAUGCUAAUGAUGCUAACGGGAUGCUAGUGGGUAAAUACUUAUGUAAAUAUACAGGAAAAUACAGGAAAAAACAAACUUGUAAGUACUUUAUGAAUACCAAAAACUGCAUAAACCACGUAUAAUAUUAGCUAAUUAAUACGCGAGCCUAAACUAAAGUGUUACCAUGGUUUUUUUGCUCUAAAAUAAACCUGUACACAACACGAAACCCCCAAAAAUGUGCUUUAUGGACUGCUCUGUGUAAACGCUGUAUACUUUUGUACUUUUUGAUUUAGUCUUAUUGAAAAAAAAAAAAUGAAUGGAAACUUAUCACCAUCUGUCAUGUCUUUUUAUUUGUAUUCUGUUGGUAUUAAAGGUUUCUUGAUUUUUGAAAUAUGGCCCGUCUGGUUUGGAGUUUGUUUCAUCCGUCUCUCGAAACACUCGCGGAUGACGAAAGACGCGGACUCGAGCGAAACGGCGCCCAUUGAUUGUCGCUGAUUAGAUUUAUAGAUUAAUUGAUUGCGUUAUGAAGUGUCCCGUGCGUCUCCUGUCAGCCAUCGU